GCGCAAGCGCGGGCCGCGAGCGUGGGGUAUCUCGAGAUAGCCGGGCUGCGGGCUGCGGAGUGUGCGGGUUUGCGGCCUGCGUUCGGCUAGCUCUAGCGGCUCCCAGGCCGAGGUACCGAGGCGCAGCAAGCCGAGCCUCUCCGCUCCCGGGACAGUGUGGGCCAUGGAGACUCAAGUGCUGACGCCGCACGUCUAUUGGGCUCAGCGACACCGCGAGCUGUAUCUGCGCGUGGAGCUGAGUGACGUGCAGAACCCUGCUAUCAGCAUCACAGAAAAUGUGCUGCAUUUCAAAGCUCAGGGACAUGGUGCCAAAGGAGACAACAUCUAUGAAUUUCACCUGGAGUUCUUAGAUCUUGUGAAGCCGGAGCCUGCAUAUAGGCUGACCCAGAGGCAGGUGAACAUCACAGUCCAGAAGAAGGGGAGUCAUUGGUGGGAAAGGCUCACCAAGCAGGAGAAACGCCCUCUGUUUUUGGCCCCUGACUUUGAUCGCUGGCUGGAUGAAUCUGAUGCGGAAAUGGAGCUGAGAGCCAAGGAGGAAGAACGCCUAAAUAAACUCAGACUAGAAAGGGAAGGCUCCCCUGAAACUCUUACAAACUUGAAGAAAGGGUACCUGUUCAUGUAUAACCUUGUGCAGCUCCUGGGAUUCUCUUGGAUCUUUGUCAACCUCACAGUGCGGUUCUUUAUUUUGGGAAAAGAGUCCUUCUAUGACACGUUCCACACUGUGGCUGACAUGAUGUAUUUCUGCCAGAUGCUGGCACUAGUGGAAACCCUCAAUGCCGCGAUUGGGGUCACAAGUUCCCCAGUGUUGCCUGCUCUCAUCCAGUUUCUUGGAAGAAAUUUUAUUCUGUUUCUCGUUUUUGGCACCAUGGAAGAAAUGCAAAACAAAGCUGUGGUUUUCUUUGUGUUUUAUUCAUGGAGCGCAAUUGAAAUUUUCAGGUACCCCUUCUACAUGCUUUCCUGCAUUGACAUGGACUGGAAGGUGCUCACCUGGCUUCGUUAUACUAUGUGGAUUCCCUUAUACCCCCUGGGAUGUUUGUCAGAAGCUGUGGCAGUGAUCCAGUCCAUUCCAGUAUUCAAUGAGUCAGGAAGGUUCAGUUUUACAUUGCCAUAUCCAGUGAAGAUGAAAGUCAGAUUUUCCUUUUUCCUUCAAGUUUAUCUUGUAAUGUUAUUUUUAGGGUUAUAUAUUAAUUUUCGUCACCUUUAUAAACAGCGCAGGAGGCGGUAUGGACAAAAGAAGAAAAAGCUCCACUAAAGAUAUAUUUGGUAGCUUCAUUUGAGCAGAAUCUAUGAUUCUUACUGUUUUACUUCUUGUACUGAUGUAAGGGUUUGGUUUGGUUUGUUUUUUUAAAGUAAGGCUGUCUCUCUUUCCCAGUAACAUUCCUGAAUCUACUGUCUUUAUCUUAGUGUUGUACUUGCAUGACAUGGAUAUCUGGUAUCUGACGACAAGUUCAUUCUUAUGUAUUUAAUGACAAAGGUGGCCCUCCCCAUGUCUGUGCUCCUCCGUACUGGCACUGUCUGUCUUCACAUUUAGGGCUUGGUCUUUCUGCUACUGCUUGUGAAAACCGAAAAAACAAGACUACAUUUUCUCAUUUCCGAUUGUUAAAAGUGACCCAAUAUAUUUUAUAACCAAGCCGAUACUUGUGUAGUGGGAUAGCACUGACUUUCUGAAAAUCAGGUAAAUGUGGUCAGAGUAGGGCUGGAGAACACUUCAUAUUUGAUGUCUUUUAGCUAAAGACAUUCAUUACUAUAGCACUUACCAGGCAUGGAAGAGGCAGAGUGAUACAGAAAAAGCAGUCAGACCCUGGGAACACCAUGACUCCUUAAUUCCUAGCUAAUUCAGAACUGCCUUCAACUCUGGAGAAAGGGAGCAUUACUUGCAGAACAGAGAUUGUACGUUCCAAAUGUGAAUGGCUGCAGGGGUCAGAAGGGAACAGAGGCACAGGAGCCAGCUGUGGUAAUGAUGCCUGUGGCAAACCAAACACUGAAGUAGGCCAGAUACACCUACAAGCUGUCUUGGGCUGCACACAGACUAGCUCAGUCCAUUUCCUUGUGUAUUUCUCUGAGGGAUUGGUGAGACUACUUUUUUGAACUGUUUUUUCCUUGUUAUUAGAUUUUUUUUUUUUUUCAAGAUAGGGUUUUCCUUGAGUAGCUUUGGCUUUCCUAGAACUCGCUCUGUAGACCAGGCUGGCCUUGAACACAGAGUCUGCCUGUCUCUUCCUCCUGAGAUUAAAGGCCAGAGCUACCACAGCCUGUUUUGUUUUGUUUUUGGUUAAAAAAAAAUGUGUGCAGUAGGAACCUGAGCUGGGAAAUUACCAGGAUUUCUGCAGGAACCCCGCCUCCCCAAAGGGGAACUGAUUCAGAAUACAGACCUUGGUGUUGACCACUGUUCAAGACAGCUUCAGUCUCUUCUACCACAUUCCAUGUAAACCAAGUGGUGAAGUAACACCAGAGAAAAAGAGCUUGAGGGUGGUCACUUCCAUCUUCCACUCCCCCUGUUCUUGGGGGAAAAGAGACUUCUGCUGUUGAAAUGAGCCCAGAGUGGAUUAGCAUUAAACUGGCUGCUUUGAUCCACCUCAUCUCACCCAAGAGUAUUUCCCAGGUCUGCAGCUUCUAUCAACGAUUGUUGUAUUACCUUCUGGUGUUCCUUCCACUGACUGUGGGACAAACCUGGCAGUUCAGCUUUACAGUCAACUAUGUUGUAUCCCUGUGCAAAAUCCCAUGUUCUAGUUGCUGUUAGCAUCUCCUUUGUUGCUGUCUGAGAAAGUGAAAGAUUGUGUAUUUCUAUUAAAACAUUUACAGUCAAAUCCUAA